GUUUACAGAACGUAAAUAAAGACAAACCACGGCCGCACAUGCUGAUUUAUCAAUACAUUAGUUUAAUGUGGUGUGCAUCAGGGAGGACUUAAAGGCAAUAGUAAAAUAAAAGAUCAUAUCAGAGUGUGAGAUUGAGACACCUAUAUAUCCAGCCCUAGAGAUCUGAAAUUGGAAGAGGAAGAAGAACCUAUUGAAGAAAAGUUAAGCUUAAAAUUUCUCACUCGGCAAUGGAGGAAGAAGGUCAUCAACAAAAAAUGAAGAAAAGGAAGGCAGAUUGUGCAUCCACAUCAGAAAGAGAUACUGUGAAGUUAAACUAUAGUGUAAACGGAAAUGAGUUUGGAAAUUUUGAACAAUCCUUAAAUACUUUUGAAAGUAAAUGGCCCAGUGAAUGUAACAUCUGUGAGAAAACAUUUAAUGAUCCACAUCAGUUAUGGAUACACACAAGGAUACAUAGAGGUGGUGAACAUUUUCAAUGUGAUGUGUGCGGAAAGGUAUCCAAACGAUCAAGUGACUUACAAAAACACAUGAGGAUACAUACAGGUGAUAAACCUUAUAAAUGUGAUGUGUGUGGGAAGGCAUUCAUUCAGUCAAGUAACUUACAGAGACAUGUGAUGAUACAUAAAGGUGAUAAACCCUUUAAAUGUGAUGUGUGUGGGAAAGCAUUCUUCAGAUUAAAUGCCUUGCAAAUACACAUGAGGAAACAUACAGGUGAUGAACCGUACAAAUGUGAUGUGUGUGGAAAAGUAUUCAACCUCUCAUAUCACUUACAAAGACACAUGAGAACACAUACAGGUGAAAGGCCAUAUAGUUGUGUUGUGUGUGGAAAAGCAUUCAACCGGUCAAGUGACUUACAGAGACACAUGAGGAUACAUACAGGUGAUAAACCUUAUAAAUGUGAUGUGUGUGGAAAGGCAUUCAAUGUUUCAAGUAGCUUACAGUCACAUGUGCUGAUACACACGGGUAUUAAACCUUAUGGAUGUGAUGUGUGUGGAAAGGCAUUCAACCGGUCAAGUGACUUACAGAGACACAUGAGGAUACACACAGGUGAUAAACCGUAUAAAUGUGAUGUGUGUGGAAAGGUAUUCAACCUCUCAUACCACUUACAAAGACACAUGAGGACACACACAGGUGAAAAACCUUAUGAAUGUGAUGUUUGUGGGAAGGCGUUCAGCCAUUCACAAAACUGUGUGAGUCACAUGAGGACACAUACAUGUACUUAUGUUAAUCCUCAUUUGUGUGAUGUAUGUGGAAAGUCAUUUCCUUUUUCAAGUCACUUCAAAAGACAUCGUAGGAUACACACUGGUGAAAAACCUUACAUAUGUGGUUUGUGUAAGAAAGCAUUUGGUGAAAAAGGGGAUUUGAAUAAACACAUGAGGACACAUUUCAACUAUAGAGUAAAUGAAAAUGAAUUUGGGAAAUCUGAACCAUCCACAAAUAUUUGUGAAAGUAAAUGGCCUAGGGAAUGUAACAUUUGUAGGAAAACAUUUGAUCAUCCAUAUCAGUUAUGGAGACAUGCGAGGAUACAUAGAGGUGGUGAACCUAAUAAAUGUGAUGUGUAUGGAAAGACAUUCGAACAGCAGUGUGACUUAGAGAGACACACGAGGACAAAUACAGGUAAUAAACCUUAUAAAUGUGAUGUAUGUGGGAAGGCAUUUCCACACUCACAUCACUUACAGAGUCACAUGAGGACACAUACAGGUGAUAAACCUUUCCAAUGUGAUUUUUGUGGAAAGGUAUCAAAACUGUCAAGUGACUUACAGAAACACAUGAGGAGACACACAGGUGAUAAACUAUAUAAAUGUUAUGUGUGUAGAAAGGUAUUCAGCCACUCAAGUCACUUAAAGAAACAUGUGCUGAUACACAAAGAUGAUAAACCUUUUAAAUGUGAUGUGUGUGGAAAAGAAUUCAUCAGAUUAAUUGCCUUGCAAAUACACAUGAGGACACAUACAGGUGAAAAACCUUAUACAUGUGAUGUGUGUGGAAAGGCAUUCAACCUCUCACACCACUUACAGAGACACAUGAGAACACAUACAGGUGAUAAGCCUUAUAGAUGCGAUGUGUGUGGAAAGGCAUUCUACGAUUCAAGUACCUUACAGACACACAUGAGAACACAUACAGGUGAAAAACCUUAUAAAUGUGAAGUGUGUGGAAAGGCAUUCAGUCGGUCAGGUGACUUACAGACACAUGUGCUGAUACACACAGGGGAUAAACCUUAUACAUGUGAUGUUUGUGGGAAGGCAUUCAACCAAUCAAGUAUUUUAAAGAAACAUAAGCUGAUACACACAGGUGAUAAACCUUAUAAAUGCAGUAUAUGUGUGAAGGCGUUCACUCGAUCAAAUGCCUUACAGGCACACAUGAGCACACAUACUGGUGAUAAUCCUUAUAAAUGUGAUUUUUGUGGGAAGGAAACCUACAAGUUAAGUACCUUACACACACACAUGAGGACUCAUACAGGUGAAAAACCUUAUAAAUGUGAUGUAUGUUGGAAGGCAUAUAGCCAUUCACAAAGCUAUAAGAAUCACAUGAGGACACACACUUAUGAUAAUCCUCAUAAGUGUGAUGUAUGUGGAAAGUCAUUUUAUAGUUCAGGUAACUUAAAAAAACAUCGUAGGAUACAUACCGGUGAUAAACCUUAUAUAUGUGGUCCGUGUAAGAAAGCAUUUGGUGAAAAAGCACAUUUAAAUAAACACAUGAGGACACGAACGCAUGAGAACUUUAUACAUGCGAUGCAUGUGAACAGGCAUUCAAACAAUUGGUAAAUUACAGUCACUUUUGAAGACAUAAUGACGUACAGGUUAAAAACUUUAUGAAUGUGAUGUUUGGGAAGCCAUUCAAUCUAUCCGGUAACGUACCGGUACACGAAGGAUACAUUCAGUUGGCGAACCUUAGGAAUGGGAUAUGUGAUCAUGAGUUGGAGGCAUUCUCUGUAUAAGAUACUAGAGUCAAAUGACUGGCCGGCAGGGGAUGCUCUCUCGUUCAUGGAACAUGAUCCCACCUCUAGAUCUAUUGCUUUGGGCGUUCGUGUUUCCUGUGCUUCUAUUUUGUAUUGUUUAUAGACUUUUAAUCUUGAAUACUAUUUGUUAUUUCCAUAUGUUUCAUCAUUAGAUGUAAACCCUUUUAAAUAAAAUGUGUUUGGGACCACCUUCAGCUGUUAAAGUAUCUUGCACAGGCAUUAAGCUUCACUCUGCUGACGAACCUCACAUAUAUGAUGUAUGAUGUAUAAUGUAUAUGUAGAAGAAUUUUCAACCAAUCAGAAAGUAUCGGAAGUCAAUGAUGACAAAUAGGGAUUAUAAUUGCAAUUUGUGUUCGAGAUAUUCUAGAAAUAAACGAGAGGAUUUUAGGAUUACCAUAAAAAUAUAGUAUGUAUUCUAACUCCGGAUUUUAUCAAACAUUACGAGGAAUGUAAUCAGCAAUGAAACAUUCCGAUUCCAAGACAAGUUAUAUAUGGGAGACACUUUGCACAAAUCUGACAAAUGUGAGAGGGACUUUGCAUAAUUGCUUGAUAAAUGUGACUAAUGAAAGAGGAAUAUUGGAUAAUUGUGACAUAUGAAUGAAGGACCUUUGAUAGAUAUGACAUAUGAAAAGGGGACUUUAGAUAAAUGGGACAUACGAAAGAGCGAAUUUUGAUAAAUUGGACAUAUGAAAGACGGACUUUUGAUAAAUGGGGCAUAUAAAAGAAGGAUUUUGGAUAAAUGGGACAUAUAAAAGAAGGGUUUUGGAUAAAUGGGACAUAUGAAAGAGGGAUUUUGGAUAAAUGUGAAGAAAAGGACUUGGGAUAAAUGGAGCAUAGAUGAGAGGGGCUUGGGAUAAAUGGGACUGGGUGAAGGGAUGUAGGAUAAUGGCACAUUAUGACAUAUAAUGAAGGUGAAAAUAUAUGUGUCAUAUAUGUUUGCUAAAUGUGACUUGUAGGUGGGAAGGGACUUUUGAUAAAUGUGACAGGUGGGAGGGUAUUAGUAAAUUAAGCAGUGUACUAAGACGAGUACAGUGCCUCUUCAACUUUAUAUGUAUGAGGUGAAAAAAGGUUUGUGAGAAAAGACAU